CUUUCAUACCAGCGAGAAAUAAUACAAAUGAAAUUAAAGGUUCAAUUGAGGCACACCUUUUUUUCUAGGGUUAAUUAAGGGUAGCGUUCCCACACGGCCAUAUCUACGUGUCACAGCGCUUGUUUACGGAGAACCGACGGAACGACCACACCACUUACUGUAGGUCGUUUUUUUGUUUGAAGGAUUAUUUCUCGUGGGUGAAAGAUACGUUUUCGAAAGCCGUGCCGUUUCGAAACGUUUAAACACCGGGUCGGGAUUGUAGUUCACGUGAGCGAAGCUAAUGGCUGAAAGCAGGCGGGGGAGGGCAGACUGCCACCUAGAGUUUUUUUGAGCGCUACUGUUCACCCUGUCUAAGGAAUGAUUUGGGGUGUGCGAUGGGGAACUCGUAUGCCGGCCAGUUGAGGACCACGCGUUUUGAGGAGGUCCUUCAUAACUCCAUCGAGGCUUCUCUCCGUUCCAACACUGUGGUGCCACGGCCUGUCUUCUCACAGCUCUACCUGGAGGCAGAGCAGCUACCCCUGCACAGUGCAGGCCGGGUGGAGAAUGAGGAGGAGGAAGAUGGCUCGGAGUCCAACAGCCCCCUCAUUCCAUACCAGAUGAAGCCCCCGCCAGAAGGAUGCUGCACCACGGACGGGUUCUGCCAGGCCGGUAGGGACCUGCGUCUGUCCUCCCUGGUGUCAGAGCCUCUAAACGUGGCCCCAGGUUUCCUGCUGGUAGGGGCCAAGUCCCCCAGUGCACCAGACACACUGCUGGUGUGUGCGGUCGACCGCAGGUUCCUGCCCGACGAACGAGGACGCAACGCACUGCUGGGGUUCUCUGGGAACUGUAUAGGCUGUGGAGAGAAGGGCUUUCGCUACUUCACUGAGUUUUCCAACCACAUCAACCUGAAGCUGAGCACCCAGCCCAAGAAACAGAAGCACUUAAAGUACCAUCUGUACAGGAACAACCAGGGACAGCUGGUCAGAGGGGCUGCUAUCUGCUGGAAGGGCCUCGAGACUAGAGGGAGACAGACGGCGCCCAACGCCUCUGAUGGUCAUGUGAUCUCUGAUGAGCACCUCCUCAAUCCAGCAGUCACCGCUCACCCUGGACACCCACCCGGCAGCUAUACUGCUGGCUCCCCUGUAGGUCCCAUCGGUCAGCCUCACCUGGCCGACCUUCGCCCUCCCCUGACCAAUGGGAGCCACACACCCCUAUCCCAGAAUCCUUUGCCCCAUACGGCCGUACUGUCCAAUGGACCAGGGAGACCCACAGUUAUAGGAACACUCAAUGCGGGACCACCUAAAAAGAGACACAAAGGCUGGUCUCCAGAGUCUUCCGCUGUGAAGACCCCCCCAGCUUCCUCUUCCUCUUCCUCAUCGCUCACCAAUGGUACCAAACCAGACCAUGCCCCCCCAGAGAGUAUGUCACAAGGGUCCUCCAACCCCCACUCUCCCCCCGGGCCGUCUGUCACAGUGCCUGAUCAACUGCUGCACACCUGCAGACUCCAGCCCGUCAUCUUCAGAGGUCACGGCAGCCUACCCCAGCUGAGUGGUAAGGUGUGUGAUGUGCAGGUCAGCUCCCUGCUCCAGAGCUGCUAUCAGAACAGCCAGGCCCUGCCCAGGGUCUACCAACACUACGGACCCUCUCCCAUACAGCCCCUGUCUGUAGAGAUGCAGAUACUACUCACUGUGUACUACCUGGUGCAACUAGGCCCAGACCAGGUCCCACUGAUCCAGGACCUGGAGCAGAUCUUCAUGCGCUCCUGGAGAGAGUCCCACCUCCGUGAGAUUCGCCAGCACCAGCAGCCCCAGCCUGGCCUCUCCCUCCCCCAGGCGCCCUCUACUCUGCCUGGGCUGCCACAGGCCCAGAUCCUCACCCCCUCCCAGCUGCCCUGGCUGGCCCAGCUGGCAGCCUCGUCAUGUGGGGAGGGUGUGGUGGUGCAGGAGGAGAAGGUCUCGAUGGCUCUGGGGCUGGCUGGCACCUUCACUAGGCUGAUGGAGGGACGGCUGGCUCAUACCAACUAUGUGGUCAUCAUCUGUACAGCCAAGGGACAGGAGACUGAGUCCUGUGUGGUGGUGACAGGUAAACAUCAGUGUCGUAUCCUGGUUGAGGGGAUGUUCAGUCCCAGUGAAAGUCUGAGAGAGAUCAGUCAACAGCUGUCCUCUGGCAUGACCCAGGAACUCACUGCCUUCUGCAACUCUCUGGGACCUGAUGGUGAAGUAGAUGUGUUGCUGGGAGGUGCUGCUAGGGAGAGCAGGAGCCAUCCGCCCCCCCUGUCCAGCAGUCAGGAGUCCACAGGAGACAGCAGCCCUAGAGACAGACAGAUGGACAGAGCUACAUGCAGCCCCAAAGAGCCAGCCACAGACAGACACACAGACAGCCCCAAAGACAGAGCUGAGAGCCACAAGGACUCCUGCUCAGAGUACCGUGUGGAGUGGCGGGAGGUGCGGCCCAUCCAGUUGGCAGUAGCCAGGAAGCUGCUUUCCCAUGUGUGUGCCAUCGCCGACUCCAGCACUCAGAACCUGGACCUGGGCUCCUUCGACAGGGUCCACUUCCUCAUCUGUGUCCCUCCUUCUGAGGUCACCUUCCAACAGACCGUACUGCAUCUCUGGAACUCGGGUGUCCUCCAGCAGCUGGGGUUGGAGCAGGAGUGUCUGUCUCAGAGAGAAGCUGAGCACUACGUGGUCAAGAUGGACCAGGAGGCGAGAGCGCGCAUUGAUGACCUCAUACAGGAAGCACACAGGAACUCUAACACACUCUACAUCGUGGUCCACGACCACGCACACUGGGACAUCAGCAGUGGGCCGUAUGGUGCCAGCGUUGGUGACUCCUGCGGUGGGUUGGUGGACAGCCUGCUCAACUCCCUUCAGAUCAGAGAUGCCACCAACAUCCUGACUCUCCACGUCACCUCGUUCCCCUUUGCCCUGCAGACACAACACACACGUAUCAGCCCUUACAACGAGAUACACUGGCCCUCUGCUUUCAAUAACGACAUGGAUCUGUACCAUGAGAAGACGCGGUACUUUGGUGUGUCGGAGCUGCUGGACUCGACUCGUUCAGGCAGCGGUCUGCCUCUCCUCCGCUACGACAGCUCCUUCGAAAGCAUGGCCUCUGUCCUGGAGGAGAGGUUCCCCAAGCUACACAGUGCAGUGAUCCGGACCCAGGUUCUGGUCCAGCACUACUGUGUGGCUCUGAUGGCCGUGUCAGGUCGGCCUGGCUCAGGGGGGCGGAGCAUACAUAAACACACCUCCGUCGAGACGCUGGAGAUAGUCCAGAGUCUGCUCAGCUCCGCCCAGCGAUGCCCCACCCACCACGGUCACAUGGUGCUGCUACGGAUCCCCUCAUUGGCUCUGGCAGGGUGGGCUCACCAGCGGCUGGCGUGGGUCAGACAGAGACUGGGGCUGGGGGAGCGCUUUGAGAUCAUCCUGGGAAACCCCAGCCAAGCCCUCAGCGUAGGACAGAGCUUCACUGAGCGCAUCAAGGCAUGGCUGAAGAUCCAGGAGACAGACUGGGUUCCCCGUACCUACCUGGAGCUAGAGGCCCUCCCCUGUAUCCUCAUCCUCUCUGGGGCAGACCCCCUGGGAGAAUCACUACCUAGAUCACUGAAGUACUGUGACCUGCGUGUGAUAAGCUCCUCCUACCUGCAGCGCACAUCAUUGGAGGAAGAGCUGGGAUUGGCUGCCUACCUGAUGAGGGUGGAGUCCCAGGGGUCACAACCCCUCAGCCAAGUCCCCGGUUGCGACCUAUCAGAGAGCGACCGGGACAAACUCCGCAGUACCGACAACGAGGAGGAGGAGAGAGAGAACGCUCUGAAGUCGGAGCUCCCUGGUUUGGGACAUUUCCCUCCCCCCCACCCUCACUCAGCCCCCCAGCCCCUCCGACCCUUCUCCGACAGCAGUGAUGCGGCCACUCUCCAUCUCCACACCACCCACCCUGACCCCCAUCACUCCUCCACCUGUCCAAACCCGAACCCACCUAACCCCUCCGACACCCAGCGCUGGCCCUCCAAGUCAACCUCCUCUGACUCCUCCUCCACCCUUCCCCCCUCCCCCCUUCAGAGCUGCUCCUGGGCGCAGGGGGUGAGUCGCCCCCCCUCCGUGCUGCUGCCCCGGGCACUCUAUGACAUCAUCACGGCGUGCGACGAGGGCGGACUGCCUCGCUGCACCUCCUUCCUGCCGCACCUGUCUGUAGACUGGGCCAGCUCCUUCAGACCUCUGCUGAGUAAGAUGAUGACGUGUACAGAACAGUCUCUGUAUUACCGCCAGUGGACCAUCCCAAGGCCUUGCCACAUGGACAGCAGCAACCGCCCCGCAGAGGGACGCACUGACAACUUCCAUCCCCGCAGACUGCUGCUCAGCGGGCCCCCACAGGUGGGGAAGACAGGGGCGUACCUCCAGUUUCUGGGCAUCCUGUCUCGUAUGCUGAUCAGACUGAUGGAGGUGGACAUCUAUGACGAGGAAGAGAUCAACACCAGUGACCAGCUGGAGGGUGUCCAGUACCACCCAGCCUGUGCUCCCUGGCCGAUAAUAGAAACACUGAGGAGCAUGCCCUUCGACUACACGGUCCACAACCCCAAAUAUGAAGACAUCAGCACUGUCUAUUGCCCUGACUACUACCCCAACACUGACGGAAACCCCAGACGUAAGGAGGACGUGUAUCUGCGCAGGCGUACGGCCAGGAUCAAACUGUCCAAAUACGCAGCCUACAACACCUACCACCACUGUGAGCAGUGUCACCAGUACACAGGCUUCAACCCCGGAUACCAGAUGUAUGAGUCGCUGCUGCAUGGCUUCACCUUCUCCCACCUGCUGCUGGGGGAGGAGAUCCAGCUCUACUUCAUCAUCCCCAAGUCUAAGCAACACCACUUCAGCUUCAGCCAACCAGGAGGCCAGCUGGAGAGCAUGAGACUGCCCCUCACCUCCGAUUGGAACCCAGACUGCAUCAAGAGCCCCAUCUUCACCCCGACAACGGGUCGUCAUGAGCACGGCCUGUUUAACCUGUACCACGCCAUGGACGGGGCGGCCCACCUCCACAUCCUGGUCGUCAAGGAGUACGAGAUGGCUGUCUAUAAGAAGUACUGGCCCAACCACAUCAUGCUGGUGCUGCCCACUGUCUUCAAUGGAGCCGGCAUCGGUGCUGCCCACUUCCUGAUCAAGGAGCUGUCUUAUCACAACCUGGGGCUGGAGCGCAGGCACAGGCUGGAGGAAGGGGGGCCGCCGGCCGACGUCUGGCCCUUCAUCAUAGUCUCUGAUGACUCCUGCGUCAUGUGGAACGCCGUGGACCUGGACUCCCACAGUGCCUCAGGGCCUGUAGAGAGGAAUGUGUCUCUGAAGCAGGUGCUGCAGCACAUGGAGGCGUGUCCCGACCUCACCCAGUACGGCCUCUGUGGGAUCAGGAAGUGGGGCAGUCGCUCCCCGAGUCAGGGGAAGGGGGGAGGAGCUCGUCACGAGGAACCGUUCUCCAGAGGACACCUCCACGACUUCCUGCUUCUCAAUGUGGACCUGACCCAGGACGUCCAAUACAACGAGAACAGGUUCAUGUGUGAUGAUGUGGACUUCACCCUGCGAGCCCACAGUGCUGGUCUGCUCAUCUGUCGUUUCAACAACUUCAGUGUGAUGAAGAAACAGAUCGCUAUCGGAGGAUACCGUACCUUCAUCAUCAAGACCAAGAUAACCGACGUCCCCACCUCCGUCCAGCCGUCACAGUAUAUCUGUGCCCCGGACAGCAAGCAUCCAUUCCUGGCUACGCCUGCACAACUACUGCUAGAGAAAUACCUGCAACACACCAGCCAACGGCUGUUCCCCCUCAGCGCACGCAACUACACACACCCCAUUCUGUCUGUAGACUGCUACCUCAACCUGGGGCCUGAGGUGACGGUGUGUUUUGUGAGUUCCAGACCUCACUCCAUCAACAUCAGUACUGCAGAGCUGCUGUUCAGCGGCCUGUUGCUCUGCUUCUGUGAUUCCUUCGUCACACCAGGCUUUCUUAAGAAGUUUCACUUCCUCAAAGGGGCGAUUCUGUGUGUGAUAUGUGCUGACCGAAGCUCUCUGAGACAGACGGUGGUAAGACUGGAGCUCGAGGACGAGUGGAGGUUCCGGCUGAGUGACGAGUUCCAGACAGCCAAUGCUAAAGAGGACCGCCCCCUCUUCUUCCUCACAGGGAAACACAUAUGAACUGCCGUACCCCUCACCUUGAGCCCUGCAGUGGGGUCAAAACAGAAAGCUAAAAACUGUCUGUAUUCUUCUGGUGGAUCAAGCCAAUAACCCAUAGACAGUAGUUGGUAGUGAAUAUAGCUACAGUUGAAGUCAGAAGUUUACAUACACUUAAGUUGGAGUCAUUAAAACCUGUUUUUCAACUACUCCACAAAUUUCUUGUUAUUAACAAACUAUAGUUUUGGCAAGUCGAUUAGGACACCUACUGACAUAAGUAAUUUUUCCAACAAUUGUUUACAGACAGAUUAUUUCACUUAUAAUUCACUGUAUCACAAUUCCAGUGGGUCAGAGGUUUACAUACACUAAGUUGGCUGUACCUUUAAACAGCUUGGAAAAUUCCAGGAAAUUAUGUCAUGGCUUUAGAAGCUUCUGAUAGGCUAAUUGACAUCAUUUGAGGCAAUUGGUGGUGUACCUGUGGAUGUAUUUCAAGGCCUACCUUCAAACUCAGUGCCUCUUUGCUUAACACCAUUGGAAAAUCAAAAGAAAUCAGCCAAGACCUCAGAAAAACAAUUGUAGACCUCCACAAGUCUGGUUCAUCCUUGGGAGUAAUUUCCAAACGCCUGAAGGUACCAUGUUAAUUUCUACAAACAAUAAUACGCAAGUAUAAACACCAUGGAACCACGCAGCCGUCAUACCGCUCAGGAAGGAGACGUGUUCUGUCACCUAGAGAUGUACGUACUUUGGUUCAAAAAGUCUAAAUCAAUCAAAGAACAACAGCAAAGAACCUUGUGAAGAUGCUGGAGGAAACAAAAGUAUCUAUAUCCACAGUAAAACAAGUCCUAUAUCGACAUAACCUGAAAGGCCGCUCAGCAAGGAAGAAGCCACUGCUCCAAAGCCACCAUAAAAAAGCCAGCCAAUGGUUUGCAACUGCACCUGGGGACAAACAUCGUACUUUUUGGAGAAAUGUCCUCUGGUCUGAUGAAACAGAAAUAGAACUGUUUGGCCAUAAUGACCAUUGUUAUGUUUGGAUGGAAAAGGGGUACGCUUGCAAGCUGAAGAACACCAUCCCAACCGUGAAGCACGGGGGUGGCAGCAUCAUGUUGUGGGGUUGCUUUGCUGCAGGAGGGACAGGUGCACUUCACAGAAUACAUGGCAUCGUGAGGCAGGACAAUUAUGUGGAUAUAUUGAAGCAACAUCUCAAGACAUCAGUCGGGUCUUCCAAAUGGACAAUGACCCCAAGCAUACUUCCAAAGUUGUGGCAAAAUGGCUUAAGGACAACAAAGUCAAGGUAUUGGAGUGGCCAUCACAAAGCCCUGACCUCAAUCCUGUAGACAAUUUGUGGGCAGAGCUGAAAAAGCGUGUGGGAGCAAGGAGGCCUACAAACCUGACUCAGUUACACCAGCUCUGUCAGGAGGAAUGGGCCAAAAUUCACCAAACUUAUUGUGGGAAGCUUGUGGAAGGCUACCCGAAACAUUUGACUCAAGUUAAACAAUUUAAAGGCAAUGCUACCAAAUACUAAUUGGGUGCAUGUAAAUGUGAUGAAAGAAAUAAAAGCUGAAAUAAAGAAUUCUCUCCUAUAAUUCUGACAUUUCACAUUCUUAAAAUAAAGUGAUCCUAACUGACCCGAGUCAGGGAAUUUUUACUAGGAUUAAAUGUCAGGAAUUGUGAAAAACUGAGUUUAAAUGUAUUUGGCUAAGGUGUAUGUAAACUUCCGACUUCAACUGUAUCAGUCUGGGGCUGGUAUGGCUCUGUUCACUGUAGUAUUAAUUUAGUAUCAAUGACAAUUUACUACCAUACUCCUAUUAAGCCUCCACCUCUCUGUUGUGAUGUGUUAAAAAGUCAUCAUUCCGCAGUGUCUGCCGCCGUUCAUAUUGUAGUUUAUGAUAUUUUUGAGGAGUGUAUUUUGUACAAAUAUUAUUUUUGUAGACGUUUUGUUUUUUGCCUGGGCUUUUGUGACGAACUAUUUUGCAAAUAUUUGGACUGCUUUGUGUCAUGUAAAAAGUACCCAUGUCAUGUUUUCUUUGGUGUCUUCAUAACAAUGUUCGUUACGAAAGCGUUACGUGUACAUGUGGUUGUGUUUUCUGACGCUCAGUGUUUGCAGCCUUCUGAUGAUCACUAUGUUGAGAAACUUGAAUCCAUAUUUUAUGUACUGAAUGUGUAAAUGUACGUAUUUUGAAAACGA